UUAUCCUUGUUUCAGGCCUUUGUUCAUGACCCUCUCAUCAAUUGGCGUCUUUUCAACUUCAAUGAAGUUCCACAAAUGUCAAUGCUCACUAGCACUCUUGUUCCUGCUGUUGUGAACGCUGAAGAGCCUCCGCAAAAUAGAGAUCUGCUUCAACCCCAACGGGGUGCUCGUGAAAGGGAACUCCUUCAGGCUGUUAAUCAACUUGGUGAUGCGAAUGAGGUCUUAAAUGAGCGCGCUGUGGUUGUCAUGGCUCGGAUGAGUAAUAAACUUACUGGACGUGACUUUUCCACUGGCUCUUCCAUAUCAACCAACUCUAUUCCACAUGCAAUUGAUCAUAAUACUUUGAUCUCUGGAGAUAGUCGUGAAGUGGAUCAUGGUUUAAGUGUCAAGCUGCAAGUUCAAAAGUUGAUUACCCAAGCUACAUCCCAUGAAAAUUUGUGUCAAAAUUAUGUCGGGUGGUGCCCCUUUUGGUAAACCAAAGCCAGACUCUACAAUGUACAUAGUGUACAUAUUUUGUGUGUAGCUAAUAUGUACAUAGCUGACAGCCAUUGAGGGCUUUGUAAUUUUGUGAUAUUAUUAUGUCUCAUGUUACUUAUGAUUUCUCUC